CCUGACACCUAUAAGUACCUCGGUGUGGAAGAGAACUCUUCCGUGGCUGUCAAACGCACGAAGCAGAGACUGACGACAGAAUACAAACGCAGAGUCCGCCUCGUACUAAAGACCGAGCUGUCCGGCAAAAACAAGAUCUCUGCCCUCAACAGCCUUGCCACCCCUGUCCUUAACUACAGCUUCGGAGUUAUCGAUUGGUCACCUACGGAACUCCAAGCCAUCGACCGAGCGACCAGAAAACUCCUGACCAUGCAUCACACCCACCAUCCGAAGGCUGCCGUCGAAAGACUCUACCUUCCGAGAUGCAAGGGAGGGAGGGGACUCAUCGAACUCGAGUCCCUCUACAAGCGGACGACGUGCGAAGUCGCCAGAUUCAUCGAAAGAAAACAGGGACGGCUCAUUUCCAUCCUGAGAGAGCGCGAUGCCCUCAAGAAAUCCCACUCCAUCCAGGGAGAUGCCACCCGCUUCCGAAAUGCACUCCAUCUCGAUGACGACUGCGACACGACGGAUGUGAAGACGGCAGACCAAGGACAAAGAGAAGCACGAUGGAAGGAGAAACCGCUUCACGGCCAGCAUCCCAAGAUCAUGGAUAAACCAUCGAUCGACUCGGACGUCAGCUAUAACUGGCUGAAGAAGGGACUGCUGAAUGCCGAGACAGAGAGCAACAUCCUAGCCAUUCAGGACCAGUGCAUUAGAACUCGUAACUACGAGAAGCACAUCCUGAAGCUGGAUGUGGAAGACCGCUGCAGAUGCUGUCAUGGACCACCCGAAACGGUAUUCAAGGCAAAUGGAGGGGAACUGCUGACUUAUUAUCAAGUGGAAAUAGGAUGCAGCUUCCCUCAUGAGGGAUGGGUGGAACAGGAUCCCAUGGAAAUCUUCCAGUCUGUUCAGUCUUGCAUUGAAAAAACUGUUGAAAAUCUUCACAGGCUUGACAUUGACCCCUGUGACAUCAUAACCAUUGGCAUUACCAACCAGCGUGAGACAACCAUUGCAUGGGAUUCACAGACUGGGAAGCCACUAUUUAAAGCCAUUGUGUGGUCAGACACUCGUACUGAUUCCUUGGUGGAUUCCUUGAUCAUGAAGACUCCAGCCAAGGACAAAUAUCAUUGGCGCCAGAGAACUGGCCUUCCAAUCAACACAUAUUUCAGUGCCUUGAAGAUGCUGUGGCUUCUGGAGAACUCUCAGGAUGUGAAAGAUGCAGUGAAGAAAGGUACCUGCCUCUUUGGUACAGUGGACAGCUGGUUGAUCUGGAAUCUUACAGGAGGGGUAGGCAAGGGAGUGCAUAUAACAGAUGUGACCAAUGCUUCUCGGACACUGCUUCUCAACAUCAACUCUCUGCAAUGGGAUUCUGAUCUAUGCAAGUUUUUCCAUGUCAAUGAGAAGAUGCUCCCCAAAGUACGGAGCAGUUCAGAAAUAUAUGGUUACUUGGCUGAAGGACCAUUGAGGGGAGUUCCUAUUUCUGGGUGCAUCGGAGAUCAACAAGGAUCUCUAGUUGGGCAAAACUGCUUGAAGGAAGGAGAUACAAAGAAUACAUAUGGGACAGGGUGCUUUCUGCUUUCUAACACUGGUACUAAGGUUGUGAUAUCAGAACAUGGCCUCCUGACAACAGUUGCCUACCAGAUUGGGAGACAGAAGCCUGUUUAUGCCCUGGAAGGGUCCAUAGCAGUGGCAGGAGCUGCAGUCAAGUGGUUGAGAGAUAACUUAGGCAUUGUCAAGACUUCUUCCGAAGUGGAAGACUUAGCUAACAGUGUCCUUGAUAAUGGUGGCUGCUACUUUGUUCCUGCCUUCUCUGGUCUUUUUGCUCCUCAUUGGAGGAUGGAUGCACGUGGGAUCAUCUGUGGCAUGACGCAGUACACAACAAAAGGGCACAUAGCAAGAGCGGCAUUGGAAGCUGUUUGCUUUCAAACUCGAGACAUCAUGGAGGUGAUGAAGAAAGACAGUGGGAUUCAACUGCCACACCUCUGGGCCAAUGGUGGCAUGACCCACAACAACCUCCUUAUGCAACUUCAAGCUGAUAUCCUUGGCAUUCCCAUUGAGAGGCCAGGGAUGGUGGAGACAACAGCACUUGGGGCAGCAAUCAUGGCUGGCAUGGCUGAAGGAGUGAACGUGUGGAAACCGAAGCCUUCCAGUGAAGUGACUCACUCAGAUGUCUUCCAUCCAAAGUUCACUGAUGAUGAGCGAGACAUUCUCUAUGAACAGUGGAAGGUGGCAGUGGAGAGGAGCUUUGGCUGGGAGAAGUACGGAGAGAAGAGGAAAUCAGGGACAAAGGGGGCCAUCCCUGGUAAGGUGCCUGCAUGAGUCAUGACCACCUUCAUUCUUGCAUGAUUCAAGAUAUUAUCUGCUUGCAUCCCUUCCCCCAUCAUGGUUCUUCAUUUCCGUGGUGGCAUUUCUUGUGAUCGCUCAUGAACUACGUAGGUGAUCAUGUGGAGUUGUUCUAUUCAUAUGUACCCACCUCCCAUAAGUUGAAGCAGUGGGUUCCAAGUUCCUGCCAGACAAGGCAUUAGAGCAGCUUAUGUGAUAUGUGACAUUUUUCAUCC